AUGACUGACAAAGUUAAGGAAAUCAGUGAAUUGGCUAAAGAGUUAAAGACUCACUUGAAGCAAUUCCCCAAUUUCCCACAAGAGGGUAUUCUUUUCGAAGAUUUCUUGCCAAUUUUCGCAGACCCAAGCCUAUUCAAUAAAUUGAUUACCGCAUUUAAGUUGCAUAUUGGUGACAAGAAGAUUGACUAUGUUAUCGGUUUGGAAAGUAGAGGUUUCUUAUUUGGUCCAACGUUGGCAUUGGCUCUUAACGCUGGGUUUGUGCCCGUGAGGAAACCAGGCAAGUUGCCAGGUCCAGUUUAUAGUGUUGAGUUUCAAAAAGAAUAUGGAUCAGAUAAGUUUGAACUUCAACAAGACGUGAUCCCCAAAGGUGCUAGAGUCUUGAUUGUUGACGAUAUCUUGGCUACUGGCGGUUCUGCUUAUGGUGCUGGUGAAUUGGCACUCAAGGCUAAUGCAGAAAUUGUAGAAUUUUUGUUUGUUAUGGAAUUGGACUUCCUCAAGGGAAGAGACAAGUUGCAUGCCCCUGUCUUUACAUUGUUUGGUGGUCAAGAAGAGAAAUUUACAAACUAA